AUAAGGUGGUUGUUUACAACACAGAGCAGCUUCUCACAGUAAGACUGGGCAGUUCAAGCGCUGAAGAGAAGACACUGAUCAUCACCCGGACCUCUAAUCACGAUGGGCAAUCAGAAGCUCCUGGUCAUGUGGGUGUGGAUGUUACUGGUGGUGUCGUUGUAUCCUUUGGCCCACUGCAAACGUAGAGGUGGUUCUGGUGGCAGAGGCGGAGUGGGUAAGCUGGCCAAAGCCCCUUCCCAGAACAAGGGCCUGAAACUGGCAGGUGCCGCCGCCGCGGGGGCUCUCGGAGGAGCAGCCAUCGGAUACGGGCUGGGCUCUCUGGGCAGACCGAGGUACGAGUACGAAGGGGGCAGCCGGCGCUAUUACCCAGAUGGACCUGGAAACCACAGUCGCUCAGACAGGGAGAAUUACAGGAACACUGGCAGCUCAGGGCAGGCCAGCAUCCUCAUAACACUAGGAACAGUGGCACACAUCUUUAUGUGGGGAUGAAUUACAAGGUUUGAUGUAUUUGUUUUGCUGAGAGAUAAUUUCAUAGUGCAGAAA